CUGCUGGCAGGAGACACAGAGGAACCUCCAGAGAACUCCCUGGUGGCCGCCUGAGCAAAGCUCUGCCAACCUGUCAGUCCAGCCAUGCAAGAAGAGAGGGAGAGAGACAGAGCAAAGGAAAGGAGGGAGUGAAGCAGAGAUUCUUUGAAAUCUCAGCAGGACAUUAAGAUUUCCAAUGAACAAGGAAAACAACUCCUGGGACCUUCUGUAAGCUGAGGCAGAGAUGACGAAGAUGAAUGACCAAAGUGGCUGCUACAGGCCUGUAAAUAUCCAGGGAAACAAGGUCAGUUACCGCGGGACCUGUCGGGAAAGCCCGGAAAAGGAGGUGAAAAGGCUGCAGAAGAGAUUUCUCCACAAGGAUGGCAGCUGCAACGUCUACUUCAAGCACAUCUUCGGGGAGUGGGAGAGCUACGUGGUGGACAUUUUCACCACGCUGGUGGACAUCAAGUGGCGCCACAUGUUUGUGAUUUUCUCCCUGUCCUACGUGCUCUCGUGGCUGUUCUUCGGCCUGGUCUUCUGGCUGAUUGCUGUCCAGCACGGGGACCUGUUCAGCGACGAGGAGGUCACCCCCUGCGUGGCAAACGUGCACAGCUUCACGGGAGCCUUCCUGUUCUCCCUGGAGACCCAGACCACCAUCGGCUACGGGUACCGCUGCGUGACCGAGGAGUGCUCGCUCGCCAUCCUCAUGGUGAUCCUGCAGUCGGUGCUGAGCUGCAUCAUCGACACCUUCAUCAUCGGAGCGGCCUUGGCCAAGAUGGCCACAGCCCGCAAGAGGGCCCAGACCAUCCGUUUCAGCUACUACGCCGUGGUUGGGCUGAGGGAUGACAAAUUCUGCCUGAUGUGGCGCAUCGGGGACUUCCGGCCCAACCACAUGGUGGAGGGCUCGGUGCGCGCGCAGCUGCUGCGCUACAAGGAGGACAAGGAGGGCAGGAUGACCAUGGAGUACCGCGACCUAAAGCUGCUCAACGACCAGAUCAUCCUGGUCACACCAGUCACCGUCGUCCACGAGAUCGACAGCGACAGCCCCUUGUACGGCCUGGACCGCAAAGCUCUGGCCAAGGACAACUUUGAGAUCUUGGUGACGUUCGUCUACACGGGUGACUCCACGGGGACCUCCCACCAGUCGCGCAGCUCCUACGUCCCCAGAGAGAUCCUGUGGGGCCACAGGUUCAACGAUGUGCUGCACGUCAAGAAGAAGUACUACAAGGUGGACUGCUUGCAGUUUGAGGAGACCACGGAGGUGUACGCCCCUCACUGCAGCGCCAUGCAGCUGGAGCAGAAGGAGCAGGAGUGGAACCGCGCCGAGAAGGCGCGGGAGAAACAAGCGGAGAAGUCAGCCCUGGAAAUCAAGUACAACCAAAAGUCCCUCAGCGCUGUUGCCCUUGUCAGCAGUUGUGAGGACCCUGAAGAGCCGGUGACAGCUCCCAGCCAGCCUCCUGGAGAGGUUUCCUACAGGAAAGCAGCUGUGACCUUGAGCAGGCUCUCCAUAGAGUCCCAAAUCUGACUGUUCCUGCCGUUGAAACCCCUCCCUAAAAACUGUCCCCUCGUAGCUCCUUGGAUGCAAACAAUGAACUCAUGUGCAGCAGUAUUUAUAUCCCAGACCUCGCUGACAGCGUGCCCACGCUGUCACACACUGUCACACCCUGCCACACCCUGCUGGGCUGCCAGGGGCAGCUGUGGGCACAAGGGAGCAGCUUCCACUUGGGAUGCCCAGAGAGCCCCUUGAGCAAACCCUGUGUGAACUUUCUUUCCCUGCAGGGACCAGGGUUGGUCAUGCCCAGGGACACAGAAUGACCUUGGCAGGGCACACAAACCAUGCCCUGGGCCCUCGGGGUAGAGGUUUCAAAGCUGCUUCACUGGUUUGGAAAGGCCAUUCCCAGUCCCUCCAGGAGGCUCUGAAGUUCCAUUAUCCCAACAAAUGAUUCCUCAGGUGCAGCCUCAUCCCAGAGCUCCUCUGUGGAAUCUGCGGGGCUGUUCUUUGUAAGACAAGGGAAUAACUGACCCCAGUGUUCCUGGGUGGCUUUGGACACGUGUUCUCACCCUGCCCAGUCCUGUGGGAUCCACAGUGGGAUCCUGGAGAGCUUUCAUUCCCUAAUCAUGAGCCAUUCCCUGAGGUGCCGCUCCCUCACCAGCUGGAGGGAUGCAGGAGGUCAAAAAAAAAAUCAAAACAAACCUCCAGUUUUAAAUCAGCAAAUUCAGGUUGAGCCUUGAGGAGAAGAUCAUGUCUGGAGUGAGCUGUGCAAUAUUUUGUAUCAAAUCCUCUUUCAUUUCAUUUUGCUUUUCUUUUUAGCGUGUUGCACUUCCUUUCAAAGACAAAGAUCAAUCUGGAGAACAAACAGGGUAAUUCUGUCAAAAUGAAAAAUGCUUGUCUCAGAUGGCUGUGUAAAAAUGAUCCUUCACGGAGGAAUCCAACAACUCCUCUGUUGGCUCAAACUAGGAAAAAAAGGAAAAGGUUCUGAAGGUGUCUGUGACGUGGAAGUUCCUGCUCUGCACAUCUCUGUAAUUAUCUAGUGAGCAAUGCCUCAUCAUGCUUUUGCCCCUGAUGAUUGCAGCUCAUUUGCAUUGCGUUUAAUUAUCCUGCAAACAUAAAAUAAUCAUAUUGGAGUUUGUGGGGUUGAUCUCACCUGCCCAUAGCAGCCAAGAAAUUCAGUGUUUGCCUGCUCUCUCUGGUUACUGGAGCUCUUCUGUCUCCACAGAGGAGUUCACUCCACCUUCUUCAGGUUUUUGGGGAGCUGAGGGCAGCAGGAUGAGUUUUUCCUGGAAGUGUUCAUCCCUCUCCAUUUAUUGCUGAAGGAGAUGAAACGACUGCUGUGGAAAUGCUGGCUAACUUUAGGCUGCUAAAAUUAGGUCUGACGAGUCAUUCACAUCAUUCUGACUAAUUAAUUGGGUUUUUAUGAGCUCAUCACGUUUAAUGAAGAAAAAAAUAGCCUGCUAAGUGUUUUGGGUUUUUUUUUCCCCUGCAAUUUACUCCAUGUAGUAGUAGGAUUGCUGGAUUAUUUUCAUGUAUUUCUCUUUUGCUAGCACUUGUCUCUGGAUAAACAUGAUCCCUUUAGGUAAAACUGAAGCCUGGAGGGCGUUAGUUAUUCCAAAACUCAUUAAUUAGCCUAUUUUAUGUGCUGAUUCAUCAGCAGCAACCACUUAUAAGCGCAGUAAAAACCAUCUUCUUGUAUCCUGGAUUUAAACACUGGCAGACAUGGGGGAAAUAGUCUAGAAAAAAUGGAAAGGAAUGUAGGAAAAUGUAGGAAAAUGUGGAAGGGUCUCAGUACUUUCUGUGGUGUUGGAAAAAACACCACUGGGAUUGGAUAAAAUAGAAUAUCACCUUCCAGACAUGGGAAUUAACCCUUAAACUCCCCUCAGAUCCUGCCUGGGAUGCUUUUAUUUAAUGCUGGGCACCCCUUUUUGAGAAAGACGAGGAGCAAUUGGGAGAUGUGGAAGAGCUGUCAGUGAGGAAGGAAGGAAAUGGCUCAUGGUGUUUCUGUCCUAAAAGGGAUUGGGAGGCAAGGAGCUCUCAAACACAGAAAUUGCUUUUGGAGGGGGUGAAAUCUGGGGCUGGGAGAGGAUGGGACAGGAAAAGAUGGGAUCAAACUGGGGGAAAAGGGAGGGAAAAUAAUUAGGAAACACUUAACAAGGGUGAGUGAGACAGAGGUGAGGGUUUGUAACCUCUGUGGUGGCUCUGGGAAACCGGUGGAGGAGGAAGCAGAGUCAGGGGUGAGACAGAAGGGCCAGCCUGGAACUUCCCAAGCCUUCUGCUCUGUGAUCCCGUGAUUUCCGCCCACAGGGAUUGUUCCACGUGGACACAGCUGCACUGCUGGCUCUGCAAGAGCUCAACCAAAGGUGUUUGCUGCAUCACAGAGUAAAGGGACUCAGAGGGGUGAGAUACUACUGAGAUAAGUGACCAAAAUGCCCACAUUCCUUCCCAAGGUGCCAGAGCAGCUCCCCCUGUGCAGCUGGGGAGCUCAGCUGCCUUCCCCUCCCCAAAUUCUCUUCCCUGUGAGCCUCUGGGAAAAAAAUCUUCCCUUGGAGUGGCUUUGCUGGAAGUGAAACACCAGGAGUCUGAUUUAGGGAUUUGUGCUGCGUGUUUUGGCACAGAGAGAUACAAAUAAUAAAUACAAAUACAUGAGUAUGGCUGGUAAGGUGUGCCUGGGUCAGGAUGAGGGUCAGGAAGAAACUUCUCUCCCAGGCAUGUUAAUUUUAAAAAACCCACUUUAUAUCUUCUUCUACUUUUAUCUCCAGCCUCUGAUCCCAGCCCGUGCUGGAGACAGGAUGCUGGGGAGCCACUGCUCUCAACCAGCCUGCCUUUUUCUUCUGUUUGUUACUUUAAUUUCAUUUAUCCCAGUAUCAACACUAUGUAUAAUAAUGAUGAAUAGCAACGCAUGCAGUUCUUCCUUUUUCUUUUUUAUGAAUAAAGACAUCAAAGUAAAGAACAUUCCUCUGCCACACACCUUGUGAGAGCACAUUGGGCUUUUCUUCUCUUCAGCUGCAAGUUUUAAGCUUCCAUAUCCAGUUUUUCUGGGCAACCUGUGCCAGGACCUCACCCCCUUCACAGGGAAUAAUUUUUUCCUAAUUCCUCCCCGCCCUCUGGCAGUGGAAGCCAUUCCCUGUGUCCUGUCCCUCUUUCCCUGGUCCCAAAUCCCUCUCUAGUUUUCCUGGAGCUCCUUUAGUCCCUUGAAGGGGCUCUGAGGUUUCCCUGGAAGCUUCUCCUUUCCAGGUUUAUUUUUAGGUGGGCUCUGUGUUCUGGUAGAGCCAGUUCUUAAUCCUUCCUCCCUAGGAAUGGUUCCUGCAGGACACUGGAAACAAUGGAAAAAUAGGAUAAAUAGAUAAAUAAGAUAAAUGGGGGGGAGGCUCUUCUUCCCCCAUCUGCCCUUUCUCAAAUGAGGAUUUCCCAGGGAUUUUUUUCCAUGCCCACUGUAGGGCUAACAACAAAAAAGCAAACAAGACUCCCAAAAACCCAAUCAAAGGAACAACACGUGCAUCCCCCAGCAGGAACACAGACCUGAGCCUCCAGUCAUUCCCAAUUAAUUGGAGGAAAGCUCCUACCAGCCCAAAGGGAACAACAUGGAUAUAUUUUGGGCUGUUCCAUGGUAAAACAACAGGACUUUCCUGCUCUUCCAGAGCCUUGAACAUCUCCUUGGGGCUUCCAAAAGGCAAUUCCUGAAGCUGAGGUUCAGCAGCUCCUUCCCAGCCACCACUAAGAGGCAGGGAUUGGAAUUUCUGUGUGAAAGUUGCUCACCCCAUCCCCGAUUUUCCACAAAAUUUACCAGCUGAAGCAAAAUUCUAACAAACCACCCUGCACUGGCCUCCUGACUCAUGAUUAAAACUUCACCCUGGUUAUUUUCCCUUGGAAAGCAGCACCGUUGUUCCGGGUCAAGAUUCAUUUAUGUCAAAGGGGGUAUAAUAAGAGAUUAUUAUAUCAUUUAUUUUUCCAGCCUUGCUCACCACCAUUCAUUAGGGCAGCUGGCAUCUCCUUCCCCGUUAUCAUGUGUCAUUUAGUGCAUAGUUUUUGUGAAGUUGGGUUUCAGAUGUGGGACAGGGUAUUAUCCCCUUGUUUAUCCCUUGUUUCUCACAGGCUGUGCAGGAGGUCUGAGCUCACUUCAGGAAAUAGCAGGUACCUUUCAGGGCAUCAGAAAUAUUGUGUAGGAGAAAAAAAAAAUUGCUUGUAAGCUUUUUUUGGUUCUUAAAUCUUUGCUGGUUGGAACUGGGAACCUGCAAACAGAAGAAGUUGGUGGCUGUGGUGGGCAGGAGAGGCCCAAAGCAGGGAAAAGGAAGAAGCAUCUGACAACAGAGUCACUUCCAGGCAGAAAAGGGGAAGUGUGGCAGAACCAGGCUGAAACAAGAAGUUGAAAGUUUUCAUCUGGGCUGAAAAAUGUGGAUCAGUGUUUUUGAUGCCUCAGGUU